AUGGCAGGGCAAGCCAAGGGCAAAGGUGAGUCUAACGACUAUCACUCCGACUCAGAGUCUGAAGCUGAGGAUCUUUUCUUUACAGGAGUGUGUAGAUCCGAACGAGCACGGCAACUUCUCCGUCUUAUCGCCCAUCUCAAGCAAGCAGACUGUCCAGGACAUGCUGAGGUUAUCAGCAAGUUGAAGGAGAAGAAGGUGGAAGUCGCCUGGAUUCAUGGGUUGGCGCAGCUUACGCCCGAGAGCCAAACUGAGGAGCAGUGGCUCAAGUCUUGGGACAGGCCUAAGGGUAGUGUUACUGCGUGGAUCACUAACAACAUCGCAAAGUGGAGUGAGACCAUGGGAGAAGGAGAUAAGAAACGAUUGACAGAUGAGGGCAAUUUACUCAUGGAGGAGUCUUCUAGACGUGCUCUCAAGCAACACGCGACUGACAUCAAGGAUCUUCCUACUCACGAUGACCCUCCUGCUGAGGCAAUCGAUGAGUUGGGAGGUAUUUUUGAGAUGGCACGUCUUGAAGAACCUGUUGUGACUUCGGCUGAUACGGCAUCGGAUCAAGCGACCGAGGAGAACGAUCUUUCACAGGCUGACAAGUUUGAGGAGCGUGGCAUUAUCAAGGGCAUCCUGCCACAGUUCUAUGAGAAAACUGAACCCUCACAGCACGUUGCAGAGACAGGUCGCCCAGAGGACAUUGUCGGUGCUCAUGAACAUUCGAAACGCAAGGAUAAGUCAACGACUUCUCUCAACCAACAGGAUCAUGAACUCCCACCAACCACAGAGGUCUCCGAGACGAAUGAAGCCUCUCGCCACCUUACUCCGUUCACCCCAGAGGAAAAUCGGGAGAUUGAAAGGGUUUGGAACAGAUUUCAAGACUAUCUCGCACGUCAGGACAUGCUAAGGUCUAGUCUCAGUCGACAGGAUGACCAACAUUCGCUGCUCUUAGAGUCAACCCGCCCAGCUGGGGAAGAGAUCACUAAACAAUACAUCCAUUCAGACCCAUUCUUAGAUCCAUUCGCUGAUUGGUUUCUCCAACGCAAGGCACUUCGUGAUCGAGAUGAACGCAUCGCUCGAGAUCGGGGAUACGGCGUAAAGUGGAACAGAGAGAAGGCUAGUCUGUUUCCGCUGGAUAGGGCAGUUUGA